GUCUUGGGGGGGAUGCGUGAGGCACAGCUGGACAGGGAUCCCUUGGGGGAGGCUGCAUGGCUGGAGGGGGCUCUGGGCCAGCUGGACGGUUUGUAGGCACUGCCUCAUUAAAAGCAAAACCAUCAAAAAAAAUGGCAGAGAAUGUGUUUGUUCCUUGUCCAUAAGAUAUUUCUCCUGGGGACUAUGUGGUCACACAACGGGGGGGGAAGGGGGGGUCUCUCUGUCAUCCAGCGGCUUAACAGCACACCCAGCUCCAGCAGCGCCUCUGCCCUGUGCUUGCAGGCCUGCGUCAGGGGCUACCUGUUGCGGAAGCGGUUUCAGAGCUUGAAGGCAGAGUAUGAAGCCGUGGUGAGGGAGAUUGAAGGAGACCUGGACCAGCUGGAGUGGAGGGGGCAGUACCUGCCGAGGCCUGUGUUUGUGGAGAAGAGGCCAGUGGAAGUAAAGUGCUCAACUACACAAGAGACUGUAUCACGUGACAAGGCCAGCACAGAAAAAUUGCAGCAGGAGAUAGGUCUCCUGGAGGCUUCUGAACCAGAAAGAGACUGGGGCUGUGACCGCAACGUGAAACCUACAGCUGAGCUGCAAAGCGAGGAAGUGAUUUCCAAAGGUGAAGGUGAUGAAGUGAGGCCAAAUCUAGCGACUGAUACAGAUAAAUCUGCUGCAAAGGGGUGUAGUGCUCCAGCAGAAGGUGAGGAAUGGAAGAGCAAUAGCAGUGUAUCCUCUGUAUGGGACAGCACUAUCCUGGAGACGGAGUCCCCUGCAACCAGCCUGGAAAUUCCACUCGAGGAUUUCGAGGAGCUUCCUCGGACUGUGCCUGGCCUCCUGUCCUAUAGAAAUCACUUGAUCAUGGAGUUGCUGUGGUUGCAACAAGCUAUUGUGAGCCGUAAAAAUUACCUGAGGCUGAAAAAGAAGCUGGGGACUCCUGACCUGUAGGAGGGCGUUCCAGAGGAUGCAGAUUUGUAUUGGUUUGGAGGAGCCACUGAGCUGGAGGACCAUAGUCAUCGCGUGACCUCAUGGACAACAGCAGCCUGGGAGAACUCCAGCUCCAAGUGUUGAUAUUCUCCACUUCAGAUGAAUAUGGCAAGAAAGCUUUUUGUUUCUUUUAAAUGUAAACAUUUGGUCAAAGCAGGGGUUCAAUUUCACUGCAAAGCCAGGAAAGUUGUGUAUCUGGAGGGAAUCCUAGUGAGGCCUUCUCCCGCAAGAACCCCGUCUCUGGUGGCUGAGCUGGACAGUCCUAGAGGUAAAUCGAGGCUGGGAAGAGUGUCACUUACAGAUAGUGCUUUUUGACAAUUUCCAAGUGACCAGCUGAUUGCUUGUUGUUGAAUUAAACUGCCUGCUGGCAGCAGGUGCUUUGAACAUACAGGAACAAGUUCUCUGCUGAAUUAGGGGUGACCCAUAUUGGUAUCUGAGCUGUGUAUUUGGGAUGGUUCUGUAUGUCACAGCUCUGCAGUAUCUGGGAUCUCCAAAAACUUGUUGUAGGUUUUAGGGAACAGCUAGUUGAAGUACUGAGUUAGGAGGAAAGCUUCCUAGCUUUCCUGUGCUAUUGGUGGGAAGAAACAGCACAUCAAAUCUGACCUUCAGGAGAUGAGGCUUGGUUCCUGACCUGCACGUCUCUGGCAGUGGUAUUACCUCUACACAUGGCAGAACUUUUGGUGCCUGAGGGAGCAAGUAAGGACUUUGGGGGGGUUGAUGUUGUGCCUUGAAAGCACUUUGUCCAAAGAGAUGCUUUACUCACUUUGCUCUAGUUCAGGGGUGUCUGAUGGCCCUCAGAAAACGACUUUCCACAUAGUGCUGUGGCUCCUUAUUGUGACUCUGAGUCUUCUGUGCAAACACUCUGCGCUCCUACUGCCUGAAUGGACAUUUUUGCGGUAUGGCGGAUAAAGCUUUUUGUUCCUGAUGAUGCUAACUUGUUUGCAAAUAAAAAGUUUUCCUGAA